CUGGCUUCUCUCCCUGAGGAGCGACCCCUGACUGAGAGAUCAACGUCAGCAAUUCCUCUUCAAGUUCCCAUAAGGUUAUAUAAUUAUGUCAGCAACUAGCGACGAGUCCUAUCAGCGUGAUGAGAAUAGACGUGAGACAGAUUGAACCUAUUCAAAGCGAGGCGAUGACGAGAUGCAAAUCAUGUAACGGUGCAUGACCCUUCGGUCAGGUGAGACGACUCAUAGGGCCCUUACUUGUGGCAUCUACUACGAUAUAUACGCUACCAUAUAUAAAUAAGGUUUCAUAGUCUCCUGACUCGAGGAUUAAUAUUCAUAGCAUUUCAAAAUCCAAGAUACUGCUACUCUCAAAGUCCGAGACGAGGAAAUACUAUCUCUUGGCAAGAAGUUUCACAACGAUGUCUGAUAUUAAGGAUGUCCACUCUCCUCUCCUUAGCCCGGGCUCGAGGACUUCGGUUCCUCAGAUAAGCUCGCCCUCGGUACCUAAGUCAUCUAGAUCUCCCGCCUCGCCUCAGAAGCCAAGCAUAGCGAACCCAACUCCGACUGACCCUGCACCCAUAAAGACAAUCACCAACCUAUCUUGGGGAGCCCCUGCAGGCCUUGCUAUCCGUGGACCUAACGACGAGAACCUCGUUAUCUUUAGAAAGGCGCUAGGAAUAAACUAUGCCCGCGAUACUAAUGAGAGUGGUACUCUCGAAGAAGGACGCAAUACCGCGGUUGGCAUAUACAAAUCCGUGAUUCAAACUCAACAGAUCAAGGGCGUCCAAAACGCUCUUCUCACUGCAUUUCUCUACCUUUGCUACUUUGCUCAGAUCGUCAUCGGCGCGGCACUGACUGCCAUCGGUCCAAAUUCUGGACGAUACGAAGUUCUCAUUACCGUGCUCGGAGCUAUCAAUACGGUCUUGGCUGGUAUUCUAGCUCUGAUUAAGGGAUCUGGACAGCCACAGAGACUGGAGAAGGACCGUGUAGGGUUUAGGAGGCUACAGGACUGGAUCGAAGAGACGGAAGCGCUACUCGCAGUGGGUGUGAUUGGACGGAAUAGGAAGGAGGUUGGCUUAUUAGUCGAAAGUGCUUUUAAACGAUACAACGCAGCCAAGAUGAGCGUGGAGAAUAACAGUCCCGACUUUUACGUCCACCAGCCGGAUUCGGGCGACGACAUGUCGGAUACUGCCGGGAAACCACUACGGUAUAAUGGGUCUUGAUCUGACAACCUCAAGCACCUAACUAUGCGGAUAGGUAACGGAUAUUGGCUCUUGACUAAAUUUAGAGUCUUGUCAGACUACAAGGGGGGUUGAGGAUAAUUAGGGGGCGUUCCGGAUGACUGAUGACUUAGAUGGGGUUACAUUAUUUAAACGUAAGUGGCGAUAGAGAGUUGGCUUCUAGUUGUACUUCUACACGUUCUUAAAAUUUCGAUGCGUACCUGUAUUGUCUAAUAGACGUCUCUGAAAUCUGAUAUUGGUUGUUACACACGUACCUGCGUAACUGUAUGACAUACACAGCCAGUCCGGGGUGGCUAGCAGUUUAGUUUUUGGUUUUUGGAUGUCGUCAGCGUGGAUGUUUAAGGGGAAAGAUAUUACUAUUGACUAGACCUCAAUCAUUCAAUAUCCACG